UGGGGCACCAAAAACGUGAGGGUAGUAGAUGCCAGCGUUUUCCCAUUAAUUACCCACACAAACCCGAUACCUCCCGAUACCUACGGUAUAUGCGGUGGCCGAGAAAGCAGCUGGUUUGAUUCGAGGUCUUCGAUGGCAUGACACGGUCUAUGGAUACUCAACUAGCUUGGUCACUUCUGAAUGUAAUCUCGCACAUGCUACUACUAGUUUCUUCAAUGUGGAACGGAAUUACCAUUUACGCAUCCGAACGGAGUCUUCCCAGAUGAUUCAUCCCGGUCCGUGCGAGCCGAAGCGUCGUGGCCGCAAUGACAGCACAUAGAUAGCAGGCAUUCGCCAAUUAAACAUUGGCAUUUUUAAUACAAGAGUGGAGGCGUGCGAUGUGCGGAGCCCCCGAGAUCAUUAUUUAGUGCCUCUUAUUCGAGACUAAGGGACGAUAAAGCUCACAAAAAGCUCCAAGGGUAAUCUCUUUGUCACCCUCCAUGGAGCACGGACAAGCAUUGCAAGACGUGCUUGAGACAGACCUUCUCCAACUCGGAGGGUCUGCAGCGCUCUUAGGCAUCUUUCUACAUAUAACUAUCUUUCGCACGUCCUUUGCUGUGGAAGAGCACCUCUACAAUCUUCUGGGCCUAUACGCUGCGACCGUCCUAGCUCUUGUCUCCGCAUACUUUACGAGCACUGUGUACUCUCCGACUCAAGUGUUGGGCAGGGUUAGCUUGAUUGCUUUUUCUUUUAAUACUGGCCUAUUUAGCAGCAUCAGUAUUUAUCGCUUGUUCUUCCAUCGACUUCAUCGCUUUCCUGGCCGUUUCGGAUCCAAGCUCACCCGGUUCUACGACGCUUAUCUGUCGGCGAAGAACCUCCAAUACAAUGUGGAGCUCAAGAAACUCCACGAGAAGUACGGCGACUUUGUCCGAACAGGGCCUCGUGAAAUUUCCAUUCUCCGGAAGUCAGCCGUGCCAUUGAUUUAUGGCCCUCAAUCCGAAUGUCUCAAGUCCCUUUGGUAUGCCCAGCUCGACGUAGACCACACGAAGAUAUCCAUGAAUCUAAGCCGCGACUUCGAUGACCAUCGGAAACGAAGAAGGGCCUGGGAUCGCGCCUUUAGCAUAAAAUCCCUCAAAAUCUACGAACCUCGUGUCAUAGCCCAAGCAGGAAAGCUUGUUGCCCAGAUCGACGCCAAUCCAGGAAAACCGUUCGACGCAACUGCCUGGACAAUGUUCUUCAGUUUCGAUAUCAUGGGAGAUAUCGGUUUUGGUAAGGACUUCAAUAACCUCACAACAGGGAUGCAGCAUCACGCUAUCAGGGCUGUUCAUGACCAUAUGAGUUUGAUUGGCGUUUUGAGCCAUGUCCCGUGGCUUUUGAAUAUUCUCAGUAAUCUCCCCGGAGCGGCAAAUGCCUUUUCAGGUUUCUUUGCGUGGUGUGCUGAUCAGAUUGAGAGCAGGCGGAAGAACUGGGAUGGCAAGAAAUAUCCUCAGGAUAUCGUGUCCUGGCUUGUGAAAGCUUUCGUGGAGGACGAUGUCUCCGCCGCGCCAACCGAGCUAGCGCUCCAUGAUGACUCGCGUGUGGUCAUCGUCGCGGGAAGUGAAACAACCGCCUCGACCCUAGCAAACGCCAUUUACUUCCUCGCCAAACACCCAAAAGUCCUCACUAAGCUCCAGGCCCAACUCGACGAAGUAAUGCCCAACGGCCCAAAGAGCUGGACAUACGACAAAGCCAAGUCAAUCACCUACCUGGACGACAUCAUCCACGAGACUCUCCGUAUCAAACCCUCCGUCAUGACUGGAGGCUACCGCGUAACACCACCCAAGGGCCUCCAAGUCGACGAGGUCUUCAUCCCAGGUGACGUGAACGUUGUCGUUCCACCUCAGCUGAUCCAAACAGACGAGAAGUAUUACAGAGCGCCACUGGAAUUUAUUCCCGAGCGGUGGACCGAAAGGAAGGCGGAGUUUGGGACAGACCAGGCUCCCUAUUAUCCCUUUUCCAUGGGCCUAUAUGGCUGUGUGGGGAAGAAUCUGGCUAUGAUGAGUCUCCGCGUCGUUAUCUCUACCUUGGUUCUACGGUAUAAUAUCACUUUUGCGCCUGGGGAGACGGGCGAGGCGUUUGAUAAGGGGGCGCUGGAUACGUUUACUACGAUAUUGCCUCCGCUGCAGGUGUUGUUUCUGCCGAGGUCAUUGUAGAUGAGCCCUUGUUUGACGAUGCAUCACCCUGCUUUAUGGAUGUAUCUGUCGUUUGAAGAUUAUGGAUGUUCAUGUGUGAUGUGUUUGAUGCUGUUUAUAUAUGUAAUUGGAGUUUAUACAUACGAAUUAAAUCGAUCUCUCUCUCCAUA